AUGUACACCCCAAGUGGCUCGGUGUUGCCCAGUGGGCGCAGGCGAAGAGGCCAGGAUGGGAGUGCCUUGCCAAAGCAGCCAGAAAGAAGCCUGGCUUCUGCAUUGCCUGGUGCCCUCUCAAUAACUGCCCUGUGUACUGCGCUAGCAGAGCCUGCUUGGCUACGGAUUCAUGGGGGCACUUGUUCUCGCCAGGAGCUGGGAGUUGCUGAUGUGCUGGGAUAUGUAGACCCGGAUUUACUUAAAGGUGAGAGUUCAUUGUGUAUAGUGUGCAUUCUUUAAACAGAAAUUGGUGUAGCUUGGUUCACGCAGUAGCUGUUCAGUGUAAUCUUGUGCUCACCAAGGUGAAUUUUGUGUGUGUGAUUCCUGGUGUCAUAUAAUAAUCAGCUGCCUGUAGAGGAGUUGAUUCUUGUUUCAUGGUUCUCCUUAUUAAAUAUUUACCAACCCAGAAGUUAUGGAGGGAUAGGUCCCUGUGGCAAUGAAACUUGCUGCCCCACCUACCCCUACAUUUUGUGCAUUCUUGUUUGCAUGUUUACUCAGAUGUAAAUCCAAAUGUCGUCAGAGGAGCUUACUUACAGCUAAACAGGACUGCAGCCAAAGUUGUCUUUUUGUAGAACUAAGUGCUGUCAAAAGGAUUCUUUGUAUCAAUUUUGUUAUAUUUUAAAUGUUCAGUGUUUUUGAGCACUAAUCUUGUCAAAAUUUAACUGCCAAUGUUCCAUUCAUUGCAGUGGGAUAAAGUUAUUGCAUAAAAUUUAUAUGCCACUCGAUUGUAAAUACAAACAAACCUCAAAGUGGUUUACAAAAGUUAGACAUGCACUUAAAUCAUAAAUAUGUUAUUUAGGUUCUGGCUGGAUCUUGCAACACACAUCCCAUGCAAUUUCAUAUUCCCAGCUUUGGCCAUAAAUGGCAAGAAGCUUGUUACUCCUAAAAAGAAUGCACACUGCAACUUCUUGCGGGCUCAAAAAACUUGUUUCUUCAAUAAUUCCUUUUCCUCCCUCUUACCACCUGCAAUGGCCUUUCCCCUGUAACUUAAUGUGGUGCUUAUGUUCUGGAGAGGGCAAGGUCAGACCACACAUUAAGCAUAUAAGAAGAAACCUAACUGAGUUUGCAAACCUUGCCAGUAACCAAACAAUUAAGAUAGCUUUUUUUACAACCAUGUGUGGGGUUAACAUUCAACCCAACAAUUGGCUGUGUCCCAACAGCUCUCUUCUAGCAGGCAAAGUAGCUUCCUACUGUUAAAAUAGGUGCCUUUGAGGACCUUGGUUAGUUAUCUUUGCUGCUCCUGUUCUACAACUGCCAAAGCAAUUUAUUUCAUUUACUCACACUGCCUACUAUGCCUGAAAAUUCCAGAACAUCUACAGGGCCAGGCAACCUCUUUGCUUCCAAUGGCACCUACCAUGCAAUCAUAGAUGGUGGGUUGAAGGCACAUGUAGCCUGUGGGUCAGGCAUCCCUUCCACCCCUCUCUUUUUCACCCACACCUCAUCUCACCAUCAGCGGUGAGGAGAUGCCAUCAUGCACCUUUCUGCCACCCAGCUGAUUAGCACAGAAAUAGCUGAGCAGUAUCUCUCAGCUAUUCUGGCUAGUUAGUUGGGCAACAGCAGGCAUAGGCAAACUCUGCCCUCCAGAUGUUUUGGGACUACAGCUCCCAUCAUCCCUAGCUACCAGGACCAGUGGUCAGGGAUGAUGGGAGUUGUAGUCCCCAAACAUCUGGAGGGCCGAGUUUGCCUAUGCCUGGGCAACAGGGACGUGGGGAAUCAGUGGAAGGAGGACCCUGAUACAUGUGGGCUUGCCUAUAUAUAACAUAUAUUGUACCACCUGUCUUUUUUCCAUAAUCUCCAUGAAACCUAAGGUUUCCAUGAUGCAUGUUACUUAAACCCUCUCAUACCCAACUGAAAUGAAGCCUUUGUGUGAAUAAUUGCAGUGACUCAUAUUCAUCCCUUGUAGAGUAUGCCUCUCUCCUUUCUCCCCUCCCUUUGUCUACGCCACUCUCAGUGUUUAGAUUGUAAGCGCUUUGGAUCUGGGCUGAUUUGUUUGCUUUUUUAUAUCAGUUGCUUUGCGGUAAAGGUAAAAAGGUAAAGGUGACUAUUGGGUGUGGCGCUCAUUUUGCUUCAGGCUGAGGGAAGCGGUGUUUGUCCACAGACAGCUUUCCGGGUCAUGUGGCCAGCAUGACUAAGCCGCUUCUGGCACAACGGGACACUGUGACAGGUGCCAGAACACACGGAAACAUCACUUCGGUACCUAUUUAUCUACUUGCACUGGUGUGUUUUCGAACUGCUAGGUUGGCAGAAGCUGGGACAGAGCAACAGGAGCUCACCACCGCCGUGCAGAUUUGAACCUCCGAACUUCCAAUUGGCAAACCCAAGAGGCUCAGUCGUUUAGACCACAGCACCACCCGCGUUUGCACCUUUUACUUUUGCAGUGCACUAUGAACCAGCAGUAGAGCAUGUUCCCAAGGCGCCCUGGAGUGCUCGGGAAGGGCCGAAUGAUCCUAGACUUCCAUCUGGAUUGAAGGGCACAUGGCUGUUGCAUCCUUUUUACACACCCUCCCUGAGGGCAAAUGGAGUCCACUGUGUCAGGCGUCACUCUGAUGGCCAGAGCGCCAUGGAAAUGCUCCUCACAAAGCUGCUUGGGGAGGGCACAUGAGAAGGACAUAACAGCCUUUCGCUGAGGCUGGGGUCCUUCUCGUGCCACCCUCACCCUCAGCCACGCAGGGCUGGUUUGAGGAGGGCAUCGUGAGCAGCGCCCCCUCCCCCAAACUGUCCCCCCCCACUAUGUCCCUGCUAUGAACAGUUGAUACAUGCCAUAGUUCUCUUAAUGGGAGCAAGAGGAAUUUGAGUUCAUAUUCAUAUGAGGCUGAUUCAUUCUGGUAUUGCUGGUUUUCUGGUAUUUAGCUUUAUACAUCCGGUUCCAUUUGCUGCACUAGAUGCAAAUGAAUUGAUCUGAAACAAAGCACAGUAUAUCUUACUAAACUGUUUUUUAUGGUGCUCAUUUUAAUGAAGAAGCUGCCCUAAAACAGCCUGUUGUCUUGGGAGGAUCUGCAUCCAACAGAUGUUGAAGAAAGUCUAGGUAGUUUCCGGGCUCCUUUAGAAAUCUCAGAAUCCCUGUUUCUUUUUUUUUAAAUUGUUUCUAGCUCUUUGCAGAAAGGAUGGAAAAUGUGAGGAACUUAAUGUUUUUUAAAUUUUAUUUUAAAUUUUAAUAAAAUGGAAAUAACUACACUUCUCAGGGCUUUUCAGUUUUCACAUUUAAGAAGAUAAAGCACUGUGGGUUCAGUUUUAAAGACCCCUACAAAGAGGUCUGCAAAAGCAACUAGUCCAUGAAAAUUCCUCCUUGCCUGCCUUCCCACACAUUUGUCUUUUUUGUUAGAUUUGUAGCUUUAAAGAAAAAGGAAUCAGCUCUCUCCCACUUGACAAACGCUCCCUUGCCAUGUCACCUGGAAGUGACCCUUGCUGCCCAGACAAGUAGUUAUUCUAGCCCAAUACAGUGGUACCUCGGGUUACAUACCCUUCAGGUUACAUACGCUUCAGGUUACAGACUCCACUAACCCAGAAAUAUUACCUUGGGUUAAGAACUUUGCUUCAGGAUGAGAACAGAAAUUGUGCUCCGGCGGCACGGCAGCAGCAGGAGGCUCGAUUAGCUAAAGUGGUUCUUCAGGUUAAGAACAGUUUCAGGUUAAGUACGGACCCCCGGAACGAAUUAAGUACUUAACCUGAGGUACCACUGUAUAAGCUAGAAUGAAUCUGAGUGAUUAUCCUUUCCGGAGCGAUAGAAGGCUCUUGUUUGGAUAAGCAGGCAUUGCAGGUGACCAAAAAAUUAUUUUAAGAUGUGUGUGAAUUAGGCCAGAAUCCAUUGUAUGGUAAGCCCACAACUUGCACUCACUUUGCUUACAUGAACAUAACAUUAUGUGGGUGGGGAGAAAUAAAUAAACAGAGUGCGCUCAAUUCUCUCCUCCAUGUAUUUUCACUCACUGACACACCCCCCCCCCCGUGCACCCAGCGGGUUUUCCUUGUUUACCAGGCUCUUCAAAGAUCCCAGGAGGGCCCUGGGAGCUUCUCAGGGCCUUUCUGCAACGGUCUCAGAGUCCCUUGUGGUAGCGGACUUUGGAUGAUUUUGCCUUGGCGCACAUACCCCCAGAACCAUAAGUGGCUGGCCUACUGUACUGUGAAAUGAGUUUCAGAGCCCAGGAGGCUUUUUGUUUACUUCUAAACAGCAGCUCCCUUCUCCCCACUUCAUGCAGUAUGGCAAACAUGAGUUUUGGAAUGAGUUUUAAAUGAUGGCAUUGGGGGAGAAUGUCAGUUUUUCAGACAGUUGUUCAGUCAAGAAUUGAACAUGGCUACCACAACCUGUUCAAGCCCAAGUAACACACAGCACCCUCCUGCCUCCUAACCUAGCUUGAUCUCCACCUCUUUGUAUAUUUUGGAUCAAGUUAUUUGUGUUAGGAGCUUGAUCUCCACCUCUUUGUAUGUUUUAGAGAACACGCAGCAAUCUUGUAAGCUGCAAAAGCAACAAGAAAAACCAUUGUUAAACUUAUAGAAAAUGUCCUUGAGGAAAUAGAAUGUACGAGGCUUUUGGACUAAAGUAAGUCCUUUUGUGGGUCAGAAUGGCUGAAAUAUUAGGUGAUCAACAUUAUCAAAUCAAUGCAAGCCUAGAAAGAAGUUCCCAACCAUGGGGGAAGCUGGAAAAAACCUGAGUCUGAGAAGGACAUCCUGCUGGAAUCCAGUUAGAAGCAGUCUGUGAUGGAAUCUUGCAAGAAACCUAUAAUAGAGUAACUCUGCUUGUGCCAAUGGCAAAUAAUGUGAUUUUAGAGCAGCAAGUUCCCCAAGUUCAUUUUAUUUGUUAUUAAUGUAGCCGAUCCAAAAUUGUAAGAUUUCUGUAAAUUUCUGUAGUGCAUCUCCUCUGUCGUUGGAUUCUCUCAAAAUGAUUUUUAUUUAAAGCAAGAAGGAACAUUUGUGAUCCUCAAGGUUGUGGAAUAUAGCUUGAAAAGUGCGUUGUGUUUUUUGUGAAGGCUUUUAUAAAUGACUGGAUGAUAUCCCAGUACUUUUAUUUCUGUAAAAUGUGGUCUGUUUCUGAUGGUAUAGUGCAAAAUGUGCUCUCGCAUAACCAAUAUGCUACUUGUAAAGUGAUUGGAUAUUAAAAGUGCUAUAUAAUAGUCUUUCCCACAAAACCCUGGGAGGUUGGGCACAAUUCCCAUUUCAAACAAAGGGGACUGAUAUGUCAGUGAUGUAUUCAAGGAAAAAGCUGUCUCAUUUAUCAAAUAUGUGCUGGACUACGCAGCCAUUAAAUAAGAUCAGAUAAGGCUUGUUUGUCCUUUGUUUUGUGGUUGUAUCCAUUAAAUGAAGUCAUCACAGAGUAGAACUAAUACUGCUUCCACAAUUAAACUUUCCCUUCUUUUCCCUAUGACUACCUUCACUACUCCAAAUCUCAUCCAAAGGGUUGAGGGAAGCAUCAGAGCUGAUUUAGGGGGUGGGAAAUGGAGUAUGAGGGCAAAUUAUGUUCCAUGAGCAGAAGUUAUUCAGCUUGCGCAAUGACUUUUGGCAAUAACCCUUGGUGAGUCUGGAAGAGAGAGGUUCCUUUUUAUCCACAGAAGAAAAGGUUUGUCUUGCCCACAUCAGACUACAAUAUUUUCACAUCCGUGCUCUUAUGACAGAGGUGUCAAGCAGUUUGAUCAGCAUGGCACAUAGAACUUGAUCCAGCAAUAUUAUAAUACUUCAUUAAAAUGGUGACAACUUUUAUUUUUGUCUUCAGCAUGCCAUUGGCAAUUCAUCAUCUUCAGCUAACAAAUGCAAAACUGCUUUAAGCUGUAUGGACAAGAACAGCCUCACUUCUGCCUCAUCAUAGAUGCAGAAUUUAUAUUGUGUAGAUAACGUGGAAAGAAUGCCAAGUACCACGUAAAUCCUGGCACAGCUACAGACUAAUAUGUUUAAUUCUCAGAAAGCUCCAGGAAGCAGCUCGUCUUAGGAAUAGUAAAUUACAUGUGUGAAACCUAACUUUGAAUUCUCUCUCUCUCUCCCCCCCCCCCCCGCAGAGUACUGCAUGAACCCCCAGACAGUGUUGUUGCUUCGGGUUAUUGCUGCCUUCUGCUUCUUGGGAAUCAUAUGCAGCCUUUCAGCUUUCCUGUUGGAUGUGUUUGGACCAAAGCAUCCUGCACUGAAGAUCACACGACGUUACGCAUUUGCCCACAUCCUCACAGGUAAUGUUAAAGGGGAUUGAUCUGCUCCGUUUACUGUGUUGGGCACCUGAAGCUUAUGCUUGCAAGCCAUGGUUCAAAAAGGGGUUGCCCAUGUGGUUGGUUCAUAGUUUACUCAUGGCCUCUGCAAUUUCUCUAGACCCAUGUGGCUGUUAAAUUGUAUUCUAGGUUGGUUCCUUUGGAGUGCCACCUCUCUCCUUAUCCAAACCCUCCUUUUCUAUGAACCUCUUGCCUUUUAACCGAACCAAAACACAAUUUCAUCUGCACAUUCUCCCUCUGCUACCCAUUCCUAUGUCAAGAAUAAUACACAGGGAUUCAAGAUGGCCUUAACAGAUUGGAGAAUGGGCCAAAACUAACAAAAUAAAUUUUAGUAGGGACAAAUGCAAGGUUCUAUACUUGGGCAUCCUGCCACCCUAGCAGUUUGAAAGCACGUCAAAGUGCAAGUAGAUAAAUAGGUACCACUCCGUUGGGAAGGUAAACGGCGUUUCCGUGCGCUGCUCUGGUUCACCAGAAGACGCUUAGUCAUGCUGGCCACAUGCUGUAGUCAUGCUGUACGCCGGCUCCCUCGGCCAGUAAAGCGAGAUGAGCACCGCAACCCCAGAGUCGGUCACGACUGGACCUAAUGGUCAGGGGUCCCUUUACCUUUACUGAUACUUGGGCAAGAAUAACCAGCUGCACAAAUAUACGUUAGGGGACACUUGGCUUGUCAGUAGUACAUGUGAUAAGGAUCUAGGGGUCUUAGUAGACGACAAGCUUAACAUGAGUCAACCAUGAGAUGCAGAAAAAAUGCUAUUCUAGGCCGCAUCAAUGGAAGUAUAGUGUCCAGCUCAUGGGAAGUAAUAGUAAUGCUAUAUUCUGUCAUCAGACCACAUCUGGAGUACUGUGUCUGGUUCUAGGUGCCAUAAUUUAAGAAGCAUAUUGGUAAUAUCUAAAGGGCUGCCCAAUGGAAGAUGGAGCAAGCCUGUUUUCUCCCGCUCCAGAGGGUAGGACAGGAACCAACGGCUUCAAGUUACAAAAAAGGAGAUUCUGACUAAACACCUGGAAGAACGUUAUGACAGUAAGAGCUGUUCAAAAGUGGACCAGACUCCCCCAGAAGGCAGUAGACUCUCCUUUGGAGGUUUUUAAACUGAGGUUGGAUAGUCACCUCUUAUAGGUGCUUUAGCUGAGAUUCCUGCAUUACAGGGGGUUGGACUAGAUAAUAAUAAUAAUAAUAAUAAUAAUAAUAAUAAUUAAUAAUAAAUUUUAUUUAUAUCCCGCCCUCCCCAGCCAAAGCUGGGCUCAGGGCGGCUAACAACAAUCAAAAUAAUCCAGCAUUCUAAAAACAUUCAUUAUAAAAUUAAUUAAAAUCAAAUUGAUGGCAACCAUUAAGCAAAAUUCUUUGCAGAUUGCCAUAGGAGGGGGUCAGGCUGCGCCCUGACCAAAGGCCUGGUGGAACAGCUCUGUCUGUUGAGGCCAGCCUAACCUCUCUGUGGCCUGGGAUCUUCAGGAUGUUUUUAUUUGCAGACCGUAAAUUUCUCUGUGGGACAUACCAGGAGAGGCGGUCCCGUAGGUACAAGGGUCUUAGGCCGUAUAGGGCUUUAAAGGUUAAAACCCUUGGGGUUCCUUCCAACUCUACAAUUCUAUGAUUCCUGUGACCUGCCUUCUGCUUAUAUUACUCUAUACAGUGGUAUGUACAUUGAAGACUAUAUAAAUAGUAAUAAAAAUAUUAGAACAGUUGUAGCAAUUAAAUACCUUGUUUUGCCUUGAGUUUUACCUUGAGUUCUUUGGUUUGAGACUUAGGAAUUUUGCGCAGAAAAAUCUCAGAUGUUGUGCAUGCAUUACUUAGGCCAGGGCUGGGCAGACCUCAGGUUUGUGAGACCUACUUUGUUUUCUUUUGUCAUCCUUUUGUCUUCCCUGAAGUUGUUCUUCAAACCUCACUAACCAGGCAAAGCUCCAUUGAUGUCCUCUGACAUCAGGCAAGAGGGUGGGGCUGAGAAACGAGAACAUGCUCAGCCAUGGUGGAGUCUGAUAAAUAGCUUGCAUCUUUAAAUCUCCAUGUCUGUGCAUAGAAACAAGAAAAUGCACAUCCACAAAUUCAAAUUAGUCAAAUGUAAAUGUGUUACCAUUCUAGGAUUAUGUGCUACAUUACCCAUAUCCACAAGCUUUUAAGAAGUCGCAUUAGAGCCAAACGAAUUCCACUGAGCAAUGCUUGUGAUAAAAAUACCUAAAUCUAGAAUCUGGGGAACAGUUUCUAAUUCUUUUCUCUUGCUUCUGCCCUCAGUGCUGCAGUGUGCCACUGUGAUCGGGUUUUGUUAUUGGGCCUCGGAGCUCAUCCUUGCGCAGCAGCAGCAGCACAAAAAGUACCAUGGCUCACAAGUGUAUGUUACCUUUGCUGUUAGCUUUUACCUGGUGGCUGGAGCUGGUGGGGCCUCCAUCCUUGCCACAGCUGCCAACCUACUGCGCCAUUACCCAACUGAAGAGGAAGAGCAGGCACUGGAGCUCCUCUCCGAGAUGGAAGAGAAUGAACCUUAUCCAGCAGAAUACGAAGUGAUCAACCAGUUCCAGCCACCUCCAGCAUAUACACCAUAA